AUAAAUAUUGGAGGCAGUGCCGAAGGGACCUUUAGUACGUCGUCGAAUUGCUAGCGAGAAAGAUGAGGUUGAUACUGGCAGCCGCAAUGGUAGCAAGCCUGGGUAUGGUUGCCCAUGGUUGGCCCAGCGGUGCCCCAGACAGUGCCUGUAAUAGCAUGAUUCCCCAGCAUGUCCCCAACCCCAAGCCCGAGCCGAAUGAACACUACAGCAUAUCAUCCAUACAAAAUCCCGAUGGUACUUACACAGUCUCCAUCAUCGCAAAGAACAACGAGGUAUUUAAGGGUUUCAUGGUGAGAGGUUUUGUGGACGGCAGACCAAAUGGAAGUUUCCUGAACCCACCCACGGGAGUUACCUGUGACAAUAUUCCUGUGAGUAAUUGUGCAAUUUGGUACUUUCUGAAUCCGCUUUGUAUUUGCUACGCUAAUCCUGUUUUCCGCGCCACCGUUGUGAAGAAUAGACAGAUGUUCUUCAUGAUAUAGGCCUACCAUCCCUUCACAUCACUUCCGCCGGCUAUAUAACUUUGGCCGGCCAUAUAGCUGCCCUGGUCUUUAUUAUUACUGACACUCUGCCACAAGAAAUUACACUUUCAGCACAGGCAGCUACUUGGAAAAAAAGAAAAACAUUAUGUUGAAUCAGAGUGAAUGCACGUUACUUUUGCAUUUAUUUUAGUUUUGUCAAAGAAAUAAUAAUAAUGAAAUAAAGUUGUGGCAGUCCA